UAUGGACAUAUAGUAACUGGUAACAUUGCCAUUGGUGAAGUUUUCACUUCAAAUACGAGAUCACUCUCUUCCUGUGCUCAGCAGAGGCGCAGCAGAUCGAGGCUUUUUCUGUAUCCCUGUAACCACUGCCUGUAACCUGUAACCUAAUCCCCAGGUUCUUCUGGCGAGGUUAGCGAACUUAGGCUUAGCUUUUGUCCAGUAUGCCCUCUGUGCUUCGGUGAAGUGUUAAAAUGACUGUCUACAUCGAAUUUCCAUGCGUGAAAACUUGAACAGGUGGACAAAAAAACAUUUUACCUGAGAUUAGAAGAGUAAUUAGCAUUUAAAUAUCAGGAACAAAAGAAUUGUUUGCAUAAUGGAGAUUCUAAAAAUGUACUCGCUGAAAGAAUUGAAUACCUUUGGGGUGGAUGUGAAUGCUAAAUUCUUUUCAGUUUUUAAAUCAUCACAAGAAUUAAUUCAAUUGUUGGAUCAAGUCACCGUGGACGAUAAUUUUGUAAUUCUAGGUGAAGGAAGUAACAUUCUUUUUACUCAUGAUUACGAAGGGUAUGUUUUCAAAAAUAACAUUAAAGGAAUAGAAACAGUCGAUGAGAGUGAAGAUGAAAUAGUUUUGAAAAUUGGUGGAGGAGAAGUAUGGAAUGAAUUUGUACUUUAUUGCAUUGAUAAUGAUUUUGGAGGAGUAGAAAAUAUGUCAUUAAUACCUGGAACAGUAGGAGCAGCUCCUAUCCAGAAUGUAGGUGCUUAUGGAGUAGAACAAAAAGAUGUGUUUGAAAAGCUAGAAGCUUUAAACAUAACAACAAAGAAAGUAGAAGAGUUUGUUGCAGAUCAAUGUGAUUUUAGUUAUAGAGAUAGUUACUUUAAAGGCUCUGGGAAAGGACGUUAUGUGAUUACAAGCGUAUUCUAUAGAUUAUCUAAAAAGAAUCAUAAGCUAAAUACUUCUUAUGGCUCCAUUGAAGAUCAGUUGUCUCAAAAUAAUGUGAAAGUCCCUACAAUUAAAGACAUCUCAAAGGCAGUAAUUCAGAUUAGGCAAUCUCGAUUGCCCAAUCCUGCGGAAAUUGGAAAUGCGGGUUCAUUUUUUAAAAAUCCAAUUAUUUCCAUUGCGAAGUUUGAAAAGGCUAAAGAGAAAUAUCCUGAAAUGAUAUCCCGCUCCGUUGACGACACCAAUGUCUUAGUUCCUGCAGGAUGGUUGAUAGAGAAGGCAGGAUGGAAAGGAACUACCUUUGAAGAGAAAUAUGGCGUUUACAAACGCCACGCCUUAGUAUUGGUAAAUUAUGGUGGUGCAAGUGGAAAAGCUAUUCAAGAGUUGGCAUAUAAAAUUAUGCGAGAUGUAGAAUUAAAAUUUGGGAUUCAGUUAGAAGCAGAAGUUAAUAUUUUAUGAGAUGUUUUGAGAGAAAUUCAUUUUUAGCACAGCGCCAGCUUCUGCAGGUGUCCUCUCCACUGCGCUGAAAUUAAUUGUUCCGUUUUAAUUAUACGCAAAAAAUUUUUCAUUUUUAAAAAAUGUAAUUUCAUACAAAAACUGAUCACACCUCAUAUAGAUACAACCUUUUUGUUCCCAUUCAUGUAAUUUCUUUAUUGAUAUUCUUGUUGAAUAUACGUUUAAUUAUAAUAUUCUGUUUACUUUACACGCUCGUAUAUAUGUAUAGUAAAUUAUUACAAAAAAAAAUCAUCAUUCUUGAAACAAGAUUAAUAUAAAUGCCAGGGCGGUACAUCGUAUACAGUUCGAAAAAUUCAUGUUCACACCAACGACCACUGAAAACCAGACAAAACCUGUAAGGUUGUAUCCAACAGUUCACACAGUAUGUACUUACUGAACAAAAGUAUUAUCUUAACAUGUUUUAUUAUAAGCCUUGUAAAUAAAGUAAAAUUUUAUUGAACAUCCACUGUCUGUAACAGUAUAACGCUUUCAUAUUUAUCGAUGUCGUAUGAACAUGCGGUUACAAAUAUGUGAACUCAUCUGUAGCAUUCUCGAGUGGAAUAGCCUCUUCCUCUUCGUGCUUUGCUUGAUCCACGGCAGAUGGAGGAGAUUCAAUCCCAUAGUCCGAACUAAGAAGAUCUUUGCGUGAAAGAUGUUCAACAAUAGCCGCUCCCAAAGAAUCACCCCAAACAUUAACAGCAGUCCGAAUGCGGUCCCUAAAGAAACGUUUUGCAAAUACUUAUAAAGCUGACAAUAUCCAUACCAAUUGAUAUUCAGAAUGAUAGACUUUCUCGUUUGCAAGCAAUCUGUUCAGGCGAAUUAAAAACUUACAGAAACCAAUCCACUGCAACAAUCAGAGCAAUGUCAUCUGCCGGAAGACCAACUGCUUGCAACACCAGAAUCAUAGUAACAAGGCCAGCGGAUGGUAUACCAGCAGCUCCAAUAGACGCAAUUGUUGCUGUUAUACUUAAUGAGAAAAAGUAGAUAUCAACAACAAUACGGGCUACAGCAUGUUAACCAAUACCUUAUGGGUACUACUUACAGCUAUAUAAAAUGAUAUACAUGCAGUAUUAUAUAAUGCUUUUCCAAAAAAGAAAACUCUCCUGUACAAAAUGUGCCGUUUUGAAGGUCAGAUCAAUUUUAAUCCAGUCUAUAGCUACCCCCAUAUACCUGGUAGACACAUCGGAACAUAUGAAACAACACAUAUACAUGAGCAAUCGAGUACUAACCACACAAGAAGUGUCUUUCCAAAAUCAAUCGAGCCACCAUAAUGGCGCUGAGCUAUAAAUAUUGGCGCUACAGCUUCGUAAAGAGCCGUUCCAUCCAUAUUGACGGUCGCUCCAAUAGGAAUCACGAACUGUGCAACUCGUGAAUCGAUGUUGUUUUUGUGUUCAAGACAUCUUAGGGUUUCCGGCAUCGUUGCAGCGCUGUGGGAAAAUACCGUGUUAAGUGAAGUAUUGUUGACCCUGAUAUUGUUGAUCAUGUCAUGAUUAGUCACGAUAUG